AUGAAGACCACCAGCCUCCUGACAUUCGGCCUCUUUGCCGGCCUUUCCACGGCCUACUCUCACCCCAGGCAGAUGAUGCGUUGGCGCCGUGGCUUCUUCAACAAUCCUGCCUCCUCUAAUGUCCUUCUGGGCACCGGCGUCGCUGCCACUACCAGCACUGCUACCGAGGACAUUGUCACCGACACUGCCGUUGCCACUGACAUCCUUUCCAGCACUUCUACCGAGAGCACCGCUGUUCCUCUGGAGACUGGGGUUUCGACCAGCAGCAGUGAGACUACUAGCAGCAGCAGCAGCAGCAGCAGCAGCAGCAGCAUUGACAGCAUUCUUCUGUCCACUGGUAUCGCGACUGAAGUUCCUCUUUCUACUGGCGUCGAGACGACCACCAGCGUGCUGCUAUCGACUGGCGUCUCGUCUGCUACCGAGUCCGUGAUUACCAACGCUCCUUUCUUCCCCAUCACCAAUGCGACGACGACUGCUGCUGCUGGCACUGGCACCGGCACCAUUGGUGCUGGCAUCACCACUCUGACUGUCUCGACUACCGAGAUUCGCACGAUCACCUCGUGCAAGGAGGAGGUUAUUGCUUGCCCGACCAGGACUGAGGAUCUAGCCACUCUCCCAACUGAGGCCCUCUCGACUGUCAUCGUCACUGACACCGUCAUUCUGACCGAGGUCGUCUGCCCUGUGACUGCUGUUCCUUCUAUCUCGUCCAGCGUCAUUGAGGAUGCUUCCAAGGGCCUGAUCACUCCUAGCACGACCAUCACUGGCCCAACUACCACCACUGCCACCGAGACCCCUAGCGAGACUGCCACUGAGUCCGUCUCUCAAACCUCGACAGCGGUGCCAAUCGCGAUCACCUCGUCUGCCGUGGCUUCUACUGGCAUCACCACUCUGACUGUUUCUACUACCGAGGUUCGCACCGUCACCUCGUGCCGCUCGGAGGUCAUCGACUGCCCGACCCGGACCGAGGACUUCGCCAGCUUCCCCACGGAGGCUCUGGAGACAGUUAUCGUUACCGACACUGUCAUCCUCACCGAGGUCGUCUGCCCUGUCACCGAGGUCUCGUCGAUCUCGUCCAGCAUUAUUGAGGAGGCUUCCAAGGGCAACAUCACUCCCAGCGUCACUCUCACCGGUCCUGCUGAGGUCUCGGCUACUUCCACUGCGGUGCCCAUUGCUACCAGCGUCGAUCAGGACACUACCAUCACCCGGACCCUGACCUCGACGGGCACUCGGACUGUGACUGUCAAGAAGCCAACCGCCACCGUCACCCCUGGCACCGGCUCCGGCUCCGGCAGCGGCAAUGGCAAUGGCAACGGCAAUGGCAACGGUUCUGGCUCUGACACCUGCGUGUGCGAUCCUACUACCGUCACCAUCACCCAGGCUGCCGCCACCGUCACUGUCACUCAGGCUGCUGUCACCGUUACCGAGGCUUCCACUGUUUAUGUCACACUGACCAACCACAUCAACAUCCCUUCUACCACUAUCACCAGCGCCGUUGUUACCACCACUGCCGUCCCUGGCGCCGGUGAGGGUGAGGGUGAGGUCGACGACGAGUGCCCCACUGAUAUCGAGGAGGUCGUCACGGUCACCUCGACUGCCACUGCCGACAUCGCCACGGAGACUGCUGUUCCCGAGGAGGAGACCGUGACCGUCACCCAGACUGAUGCUCCCAGCGCCGAGGUCACCGAGAGCCCUUCUGCGGAGACGACUGAGACUCCUGCUGUUACGGAGGCCACGGAGACUGCCACUGCUACGGAGACGGCCACGGAGACUGCUACCGAAACCUCUACGGAGACGGCUACUGCCACCCCGAUUGUCUUUCCUGGGAAGCACAAGAAGUUCCGCAACAAGUUCCGUCCGUUCCACGACGCCGAGUAA